AUGUCGACUCCGACCACGGCGACCGCAACGCUUCCACAUUAUAACCCACAUCACUUGCGGUAUUCGCACCACCAGCACCACCAGCAGUACGCCUCGACCAACCAACCGAACUCGUCGGCCUAUCGCACUGCAACUGUUCUUCCUCCCGCUUCUCAGCUUUCCUAUCCUUCUGCUACAACUGCAUACCCUCCUGCGACAGCGUCGACAACGAACGGCCUUGCCCCGGUGUCCGCGUCCGACCUGACGAGAGUCCUGCCGCAUCACACAGCCGAUGUGACAACGUCUCGCUCUGACCACUACUACACAGCAAACAUGUCCGCAGGUUCGCAGCAUCACCACCACCACCACCACCACCACCACCAUCUCCUCCAGCAGCAGCAGCAGCCCGUAGCCGAGCAGCCCCAACCGGCUCGCAAGAGGAGACGCUCGCGGGGCCCCGAUUGGGCUGAGUUCUACAAGAAUGGUUUGCCUAAGGAGAUUAUCGUGAUUGAGGAUACCCCAGAGCCCCAGCAACCGCAGCAGCAGCCACAGACCAACAACCAUAUAACCACUUCUUCGCAGGUGACUGCGGCUAGCUCGUCUCAGGUUGUUGCAACUAACGGCGUCAACGGCUCUGGCAAGAAGCGGAAGCGCGAUGACGAGCACAUGCCUUAUGAUCCUGUCCACCACAGUGCUGCUAUCGGUUCAUACACCCCCAGCAAGUCGACUGUGGCUAGCGAUCGGACUACGACAACCUACCAAACCACGGCUCCGACCUCGUUGGGCUCUCUGUCGUCUAAUGGGCAAUAUGAGUACGAUGCGCAGGCCUCACAGAAACGCAAGAGAACCACUCGGCAACAGGUGGCAAAUGAGGCAAGGCGCCGCGAGGUCCCGCCUCCGCUCCCUCCGCCCAUGACCGAUGCGUUCUUGAGCUACAAGCCUCCGCCGUUCCCGCCCAAGAAGGCCAAGGAGGUUCAUAUCCCCGUUAUUCCUGACACUUCGCCAAACAAGAAUGUCCGUUACGAUGAUGAUGAUGGCCACUACAUUGUCGUCCCAGAGGCCGAUCUGACCGAUAGAUAUACGAUACACAAGCUGCUCGGCCAGGGCACGUUCGGCAAGGUGGUCCAGGCGAGGGAUAAGGUCACCAACAAGUUUGUUGCCAUCAAGAUCAUCCGCUCUGUGCAGAAAUACCGCGAGGCGAGCAAGAUCGAGCUGCGGGUGCUUGAGACGCUCCGAGCAAAUGAUGCCGAGAACCGGAAUCGUUGCAUUCACUUCCGCGACUGCUUCGACUUCCGUGGCCACAUCUGCAUCGUUAUGGACCUGCUGGGCCAGAGCGUGUUCGACUUCCUCAAGAGCAACAACUUUGUGCCCUUCCCGAACAGCCAGAUCCAGAAUUUCGCGAGGCAGCUCCUUACGAGCGUAGCUUUCCUCCAUGAUCUGAACCUGAUCCACACCGAUCUGAAGCCGGAAAACAUCCUGCUGUGCAACAGCGAAUACCAGACAUUUACUUACAAUCGGAAGAUUCCGUCGGCUAGCACGACGGUGUGCCGUCAGGCUACACAGCGAAAGGUGCUCCUGGACACGGAGAUUCGAUUGAUUGAUUUCGGCUCGGCCACCUUUCAGGACGAGUACCACUCCUCGGUUGUGUCUACCCGCCACUACCGGGCGCCCGAGAUCAUCCUUGGCCUUGGGUGGUCAUUCCCUUGCGAUAUCUGGAGUAUCGGGUGCAUCCUAGUCGAGUUCUUUACUGGUGAUGCGCUCUUCCAGACGCACGAUAACCUCGAGCAUCUGGCCAUGAUGGAGUCUGUCGUGGGCCAGCGGAUCGACGUGCCUCUGAUUCAGCAAGUGCACCGGAUGACCCGCAACGGCGGUAACUCUGCGGCCAAGUAUUUCAAGCGCUACAAGCUUGAUUAUCCCCAGCCUGACACCACUCGUGCGUCUAGACGGUUCGUUAAGGCUAUGAAGAGAUUGGAUGAAAUCGUUCCCCCGACAACGCGGUUUUUGGCGCAAUUCUUGGAUCUCCUCCAGAAGAUCUUUGUCUACGACCCGGCCCGGCGUAUCACUGCGAAGGAGGCUCUGCAGCACCCGUGGUUCCGCGAGUCAGCACAUCCCGAUGAUGGCACCGAGGCAGCUCGUAUCCGUCUCGAGAGACAGAGACAGAGAGAGCAGCAGCAGCAGCAGCAGCAGCAGCAGCAGCAGCAGCAAGCCAAUGCACAUCGGCCUUCGUGCGAGGUUCAGCCGUCAAUAGUCAGAUGA